AUGACACCCUCUGACAUGGUCUUAUGGCUAUGGUACUCAGGCUCAUACAUUCAAUAUAACGGAUCAGAGGGCACUUUGACCACUAUGGACCGAUCAUCUGGAGACAUCUCGUCAUCUAAAGUACCAUCCGUAGAAGUCACAGCGACUACUACAGUUAAAUAUUCUGACCUUAACUCCAAGAAUGAAGAAUUUAAUGAUACUGUUGGAGCCAUUGUCGGUUUGUUUGUUGCUGUCUUCGCAUUGACCUCUUUGACUCUUCUCUUGUGGUUUUACAGAAAAAAACGUAAACGCGAGUUACCUGCUUCUUCCCAGAAUGAUGCUCGGCAACAACAGACGUCUCAAACAGUCAUUAAUACAUAUAAUGAUAUGGUGCUUGUAUCUGGUACAAACCGGAACCAGAAUGACGUCGUCUUCACAACUUUAACUACAACUACAACGAAUGAUGUUCGUAAUGAUGAUAUCUAUGUAGAAAAUAAAGAGGGAGAGUAUGACCAUUUACAUUCAUCUCGUCCAAAACAAGUUGUAUCAGAAAUGGAAAAUGAGAGAUAUGCAACAUCUACUGAGCUGGAAGAUGUUUCUUACUCUACAGUUAGAAAAAGCAGGAACACUGUUCCAGAUUGUGAUAACGAGUACGAUAGCAUGGCGGCGUCUUUAGACAACAAUUUCCGAUCAGUUGCCAAUCCGGACUACGAAUUUACCAGUCAAGCCAAAGAAAAGGUUGUUAGCGUAAACCAUGUGUGA